GCUAUCCAAUAGGAAUGAAACGGUGGUGGCUGAAAGCGUUGUAAUGAUAAAAAAAUUAUUACAAUUAAAGCAUAAAGAUAAAUCUCAAAUAAUCAUACAAAUGACGAAAAUACUGAAUAAAAUUACGGUUCCCAUGGCUCGUGCCAGUAUCAUUUGGCUCGUCGGUGAAUAUGCGGAACGUGUUCCAAAAGUUGCCCCGGAUGUACUGAGAAUAGCCGCGAAGUCAUUCACAAAGGAGGAGGAUAUUGUGAAAUUACAAAUCAUCAAUCUUGGUGCGAAAUUAAUUCUAAUCAAUCCAAACCAG